AAAACAAAAACAAAAAACAAAAAAGCUGCAAAUUGAGAUCUAGAACCAAAAAUUGCGAACUUACUCAAGUGCCUAGUCCGAUAUGGCGAGGACACAAGUGUUAGCCCAAAUUUGAGCUCCAGACGUCUUCAAGCCUGGAGGGAGAAAUUGACUCGACUAGCUUCGCCAGUAGGAGCCUCGACUUUAAGGCCCAAUUUUAAAUUAAAUCAGCCAGUCCGAUUCUUAUAAGGCCCAACUUUAAAUUAAAUCAACCCAAACUAAAAGUCCAACAUUAGCCAUGAACGCAGGCACAGCUCAGAAGUAGAAGACUCAGAACAGCAAUCGUGAAAAUGGCGGAUUCCAAAAGCGAAUCGAUAAGAUCGGCAGCUGAAGAACUUUCAAGAGAAUUCAAAACCUUAGUUGAUUCCAAGGAUUUGGAGUCUCUCCGCCAAUCACAGAACCUCAUAUUGGGUAGAUUGCAAGAUAGCAAUGCAGUAUUAUCCCAUUUCAACGAGUAUUCAGAAAAUUGCUUUGCAGAGGUGUCUCCGGAUUUUUCCAAUCACACGCGCCUCUUGAAGUCCAUGAAAUCUGACCUGGAUUACAUCUUUCUGAAGCUUAGGACCCUAAAAGGGAAAAUCAUGGCAACCUAUCCAGAUGCUUUUCCUGAUAAUUCAAUGAUCGAGGCCUUUGAUCAGCGACCAGACCUCGAGUUGCCUAGGUGAUUUGUUGCACUUUGCCCAAUAGUAAUAUGGCUGUUUAACACCGUUGAAAAAACUACUUAUUAUCACAGCAGGGGUGAAUAGUUGUAUAAUUGUUAUUUCUUUUUUUUUUCUUUACUGUUAUUGUAUGAAUCACUAUUUGGAUUAAAAUGUCUUUCUUGGUGAUAUAUUAAGGCACCAAAUAUGGCUGUUGUGAGUUCCUUCUUUUUGUUGGUCCCAAAUGAGGUAUCCUUUUAUUUGUUGUAAUUCCUUUCCACAGUUCAGUGUAAAUGUGUAAUUAGCAGUUUUACUUGACCAAUAAUUUACCGUGAGAUUGUAGUAAUGGAAAUGGUGAAUUCUCCGGUUGGCCAGC